GACGCUUGUAGACAACGCGACCACAGCAGCAGCGACAGCCGCCGCCACCACCUCCACCUCCGAUACCAACGUCGCCUUCGCGCCCGCCGCCACCGCACCCUGCUCUUCUGACAAAUCCACCCGGAAAAAGCUCAAGUCGACCGACCGGGACCCCGACACCGAAUCCCUUGCUGCGCUCUCCACCGGCCUCUCGGACUUCGUGGAGGAGGAGAAGAAGGCGACCGAUCUCGUUACCCCUGCGUCGACCAGUAUGGAGUCCGACGAGGAUUUCAUGAGCGUUGGUUCCAGUCCCGAUGACUUUCUGGACACCCAAGGCAGUGAUAUCGAGAGUCUGGGCGACGACUUCGGUGACGAAUUUGAUGGCGGGUUCUCCAAAGACAAGGAUAUUAUCGCGACGAAACGGAAGCCGUACGAGGUAGAGUUCAAAGUCUUGAGUCCGGACGACAUCGAGCGGCAACAGAAUGUGCAGAUCAAUGAGGUUUCCUCAAUUCUCGGCCUGCCCCCGGAGUCAUCGGCUAUCCUGCUGCGGUACGGACGGUGGAAACGCGAGAAGUUGAUCGAAUCGUAUAUGGAUCAUCCGGAAGAGACCCUGGAGGAGGCGGGUCUGGGGACCAACUUUGAGGGAACGCCGCAGACCGAGGUGGUAUCCGGGUUCAUGUGUGAAAUUUGCUGCGAAGAUGGCGACGAGCUCGAGACGUAUGCUAUGCGCUGCGGGCACCGCUUCUGCGUCGACUGCUAUCGCCACUACCUGGCCCAGAAGAUUCGCGGGGAGGGUGAGGCCGCGCGGAUCGAAUGUCCCGGCAAUGACUGUCACAUGAUUGUGGACUCGAAAUCAUUAGGACUGCUUGUGACGGAUGAUCUGCGGGAAAGAUACAAAGCUCUCCUUAUGCGGACGUACGUCGACGACAAAGAUAAUCUCAAAUGGUGCCCUGCACCGGAAUGUGUAUAUGCGAUAGAUUGCCCUAUCAAACAACGCGACCUGCGGCGCAUUGUGCCCACAGUCCAGUGUGACUGUAAGCACUACUUCUGUUUUGGAUGUACACUCAACGACCAUCAGCCUGCACCAUGCACGCUGGUCAAGAUGUGGCUGAAGAAGUGCGAGGAUGAUUCCGAGACAGCAAAUUGGAUCUCCGCCAACACGAAAGAGUGCCCGAGAUGCCAUUCAACGAUCGAGAAGAACGGUGGCUGCAACCACAUGACGUGUCGAAAGUGUAAGCAUGAGUUUUGCUGGAUGUGCAUGGGACUAUGGUCGGAGCAUGGCACCAGCUGGUACAACUGCAAUCGAUACGAGGAGAAGUCCGGGUCGGAGGCCCGCACUGCGCAGGCGCGAUCUCGGGAGUCGUUGGAGCGGUACCUCCACUACUACAACCGAUAUGCCAACCACGAGCAGUCGGCCAAGUUGGAUAAGGACCUGUACCUGAAGACCGAGAAGAAGAUGACCAGUCUUCAAUCACAAUCCGGUCUCUCGUGGAUCGAAGUCCAGUUCCUGGACACCGCAUCACAGGCACUGCAACAAUGCCGACAGACCCUGAAGUGGACGUAUGCGUUUGCCUAUUACCUCGCGCGCAACAACCUGACCGAGAUCUUCGAGGACAACCAGAAGGAUCUAGAGAUGGCCGUGGAGAGUCUGAGUGAAAUGUUCGAGAAACCGGUACCAGAGCUCGCAAAACUGAAGGUCGAUAUUUUGGACAAAACGGCUUACUGUAACAAACGGCGGGUGAUUCUGCUGAGUGACACAGCAGAGAAUCUGAAAAAUGGAGAAUGGUCAUUUAAUGUGGAUUGGUAGAGAACAGACAUACUCAACUUCUUUCCUUCCCCAUUCCCGUUCAACUAGAAGCAAGCAUAAGAAAUCACGACGUGCAUGACAAAUAACCAGCGCAUAUGGAUUUUUUUUCUCCCUUCAUCAUCGACACUUAUAUUUAUCUC